AUGGGACUUGGGGGGAGAAAGGGAGCCGUGACUCCCGGUGAGGAGAACCCCAGCCCGAGACUUCGAAGGAGGCCCAGAAGUGGUCAAAGAAAGAUGAAAAAAAAGAAGAUAGACAUGGAGGACCUGAAGAAGGAGGCGUCCAUGAACGAUCACAAAUUAACCUUGGAGCAGCUGAGUACCAAGUAUUCGGUGGACCUGACAAAGGGCCUUAGGCCCGAACAAGCACGGGAAAUCCUGAUUCGAGAUGGACCAAAUACACUUACCCCACCCCCCACCACUCCAGAAUGGAUGAAAUUCUGUAAACAACUGUUUGGUGGCUUCUCCACCCUCCUGUGGAUUGGUGCCAUUCUCUGCUUCCUGGCCUUUGGCAUCCAGACACAUCAUAGUAAGGAGUUUACCAAAGACAAUCUGUACCUGGGCAUUGUGUUAACCGUUGUGGUCAUCAUCACUGGCUGCUUCUCCUAUUAUCAGGAAGCCAAGAGUUCCAGAAUCAUGGAGUCUUUUAAGAACUUGGUGCCUCAGCAAGCUCUAGUAAUUCGAGGUGGAGAGAAGAUACAAAUCGAUGUACAAAAUGUAGUGGUGGGAGACCUAGUAGAAGUGAAGGGUGGAGACCGAAUCCCCGCUGACAUCAGGAUCAUCUCUGCAGAUGGAUGUAAGGUGGACAACUCAUCCUUGACGGGAGAGUCGGAGCCCCAAAGCCGCUCUCCUGAUUUCACCCAUGAGAAUCCUCUGGAGACGCGAAACAUCUGCUUCUUCUCCACCAACUGUGUGGAAGGGACAGCCCGAGGCAUCGUGAUUGCUACUGGAGACUCCACAAUAAUGGGCCGCAUUGCCACCCUGACCUCAAGCCUGGCAGUUGGCAAGACUCCCAUUGCUACAGAGAUUGAACACUUCAUCCAUCUGAUCACUUCAGUGGCCAUCUUCCUUGGCUUCUUUUUCUUUGGGCUCUCCCUUAUCUUGGGCUACACCUGGCUGGAGGCUGUCAUUUUCCUUAUUGGCAUCAUUGUGGCCAAUGUCCCUGAGGGGCUGCUGGCCACUGUUACUGUGUGCCUGACGCUGACAGCCAAGCGCAUGGCGAGGAAGAACUGCCUGGUGAAGAACCUGGAGGCGGUGGAGACUCUGGGCUCCACCUCCACCAUCUGCUCGGACAAGACGGGCACCCUCACCCAGAACCGUAUGACCGUCGCCCAUUUAUGGUUCGAUGGGACCAUCUGUGAGGCCGACACGAGUGAAGAACAGACUGGGAAUGCAGUUGACAAGGGUUCUGAUACCUGGUUUGUCCUGGCCCGAAUCGCUGGCCUCUGCAACCGGGCUGACUUUAAGGCUAAUCAAGAGGCCCUUGCCAUAGCUAAGCGGGACACUGUAGGGGAUGCUUCUGAGUCAGCCCUCCUCAAGUUCAUCGAACAGUCCUGUGGCUCUGUGAAGGAGAUGAGAAGGAAAAACCCCAAGGUGGCAGAGAUUCCCUUUAAUUCUACCAACAAGUACCAGAUGUCCAUCCACCUGCGAGAAGACUCUCCCCAGGCCCAUGUGCUAAUGAUGAAGGGGGCUCCUGAGAGGAUCUUGGAGUUUUGCUCUAGUUACCUUCUGAAGGGGAAGGAGUACCCAAUGGAUGAUGAAAUGAAAGAAGCCUUCCAAAAUGCCUACAUGGAACUGGGAGGCCUGGGGGAACGCGUGCUAGGGUUCUGCUUCUUGGAUCUGCCUACCACUUUCUGCAAGGGAUUUGAGUUUAAUACAGAAGAAAUCAAUUUUCCCAUGAGCAACCUUUGUUUCGUGGGGCUCAUAUCCAUGAUCGACCCUCCCCGAGCUGCAGUGCCCAAUGCUGUGAGCAAGUGUCGCAGUGCAGGGAUUAAGGUGAUUAUGGUAACAGGGGAUCAUCCCAUUACAGCCAAGGCCAUUGCCAAGGGUGUGGGCAUCAUCUCAGAAGGCACCGAGACAGCAGAGGACAUUGCUGCCCGGCUCAAGAUCCCUGUCACCCAGGUCAAUAGCAGGGAUGCCAAAGCCAUUGUGGUGCAUGGUUCACAACUAAAGGAUCUGAACUCAGAACAGCUUGAUGAGAUCCUCCAAAACCACACGGAGAUUGUGUUUGCUCGGACAUCCCCUCAGCAGAAGCUCAUCAUCGUAGAGGGAUGUCAGAGGCUGGGAGCCAUUGUGGCGGUGACGGGUGACGGGGUGAACGACUCCCCGGCACUGAAGAAGGCAGACAUCGGCAUAGCCAUGGGCAUUGCUGGCUCCGACGUCUCUAAGCAGGCAGCCGACAUGAUCCUGCUGGACGACAACUUUGCCUCCAUCGUCACGGGCGUGGAGGAAGGCCGCCUCAUCUUUGACAACCUGAAGAAAUCCAUCGCGUACACCCUGACCAGCAACAUUCCUGAGAUCUCCCCCUUCCUGCUCUUCAUCAUCCUCAGCAUCCCUCUGCCUCUGGGCACCAUAACCAUCCUCUGCAUUGACCUGGGCACUGACAUGCUCCCUGCUAUCUCCUUGGCUUAUGAGACAGCUGAAAGUGACAUCAUGAAGAGGGCUCCACGGAAUCCAAAGACUGACAAUCUGGUGAACAACCGACUCAUCGGCAUGGCCUAUGGACAAAUCGGGAUGAUUCAGGCUCUGGCUGGAUUCUUUACCUACUUUGUGAUUCUGGCCGAAAAUGGUUUUAAGCCUCUUGAUCUGCUGGGCAUCCGCCCCACCUGGGAAAAUCGAUACUUCAAUGAUCUGGAGGACAGCUAUGGACAGCAGUGGACAUUUGAGCAGCGGAAGGUGGUGGAGUUCACCUGCCAAACGGCCUUCUUUGUCAGCAUUGUGGUCGUGCAGUGGGCCGACCUCAUCAUCUGCAAGACCCGCCGCAACUCAGUCUUCCAGCAGGGCAUGAAAAACAAGAUCCUAAUAUGUGGCAUCCUGGAGGAGACUUUACUGGCUGCUUUUCUGUCCUACACUCCGGGCAUGGACGUGGCCCUGCGAAUGUACCCACUCAAGAUAAUGUGGUGGCUCUGUGCCACCCCCUACAGCCUUCUCAUCUUUGUCUAUGAUGAAAUAAGAAAACUCAGAAUUCGUCAGCAUCCCGGUGGCUGGCUGGAAAGGGAGACCUACUACUAACUCAGGAGAGGAAGAGCUUCACAUGACACGGGGGGUGUCCUGAUGGCCCCAUGGGGGAUUGGGGAUUAUGAGUUUGGCGUGACAU